AUGUAUUACCUGUAUACUCAGCAUAUAUAUAUGGUCACCCCCCAUGUUGGGUGUGUGGUCUUUCUUCACGGCCAUCUGAACGAGACCGUCUACUGCCAGCAGCCGCCCGGCUUCGUCGACCCGGCGGCCCCCGACCACGUUUGUCUCCUGCAGAAGUCCUUGUACGGACUCAAGCAGGCGCCCAGGGCGUGGCACCAGCGGUUCUCCGGCUUCAUUCAGCGGUCCGGCUUCACUGCUUCGACCUCCGACACGUCCCUCUUUGUUUACAAAGUGGGUGCCGACAUCGCCUACUUGCUGCUCUACGUCGACGACAUCAUCCUGACAGCCUCGUCGACUUCGCUCCUUCGUCGCCUCACCGAGCUUCUUCACUCCGAAUUCGCCAUGACAAAUCUCGGGGAUCUCCAUCACUUCCUCGGGAUAUCUGUCAUGCGUUCUGCUGACGGUCUCUUCCUAUCACAGCACCAGUAUGCUGUGGACCUGCUCCAGUGCACCGGCAUGACUGAGUGCCAUUCCACGGCUACUCCGGUUGACACUUAUGCCAAACUCUCUGCUACAGACGGCGCACCGGUGGCGGAUGCCACUCAGUACCGUAGCCUUGCUGGUGCGCUACAGUACCUCACGCUGACUCGUCCGGACCUCGCUUAUGCAGUUCAGCAGGUUUGCCUCUUCAUGCAUGACCCGCGCGAGCCUCAUCUUGCGAUGCUCAAGCGUGUCCUACGGUAUGUCAAGGGCACCCUCUCCACUGGACUUCAUAUUGGCACAGGCAGCAUCACCAGCUUGACUGCCUACUCCAACGCUGAUUGGGCUGGAUGUCCCGACUCUCGGCGCUCCACUUCUGGCUAAUGUGUCUUCCUUGGUGACAACUUGGUCUCUUGGUCCUCCAAACGACAAACUACAGUUUCUCGUUCGAGUGCGGAGGCUGAGUAUCAUGCUGUUGCGCACGCUGUGGCUGAGACUUGUUGGCUUCGUCAGUUACUCCAGGAGCUCCACGCACCCAUCUCUUCGGCGACGAUCGUCUACUGAGACAAUAUCAGUGC